AUGGGACUCAUUCACGCAAAAGCCAAAAUUGAUGCCUUAGAAAGAGAACAACAUUUAAUAAUGAAACUGAAUGCCGAUAAGGCAAAACAGCUUGCUGCUCAAGAAGAAGCUAAUAGACGACAAGAACAAGCUACUUUUGAACAUAUGGUUGCAAUGUUAUUAGCAGUCGCACAAUCAAAAGCGAACGAAACAGUUAUAAGUGAUGAAAAAUCAGAAAUUGAAAUUGGAGGCACGACAUACGAACUCAUUCAAUUUGUUAAUCAAGGUGGUUUUGGUAAAAUUUACAAGGCAAAAGUUAAGAACACAGGCCGUAUAGUUGCUAUUAAAAUUGUGAAAAAUAUACCAGGCAUAGAAGAAGAAAUAAAAAAUGAAAUCAAUUUUUUACGUUCAAUUAAACGGAUUCCUAUUGAUAAUCAUCCAGUUAUUGAAUAUCGGGGUAGUAAAUUAACCAAACAAGGUAUUUUUAUUGCAAUGGAAUUCGCUAUUUGUGAUCUUCACACAUUUUGGAAAAAUCAAACAUUCCACGAAACAGUUGAAGAGAUAACAAUUUUUGGGAUGAUUAUUAUUAUUUAUGUACUGCGUGCAUUAGCAUUUCUCGAAGGAUUGAAUAUUAUUCAUGGCGAUAUAAAACCACAAAAUAUUGUUCUUGUUCCAACUAAACAAUAUUUUUCUAUAAAGUUAAUUGAUUUUGGUGCAGCCGAAAAAAUGAAUACUCUACGUGCACAACAGACAGUCGAUGCAGACAAAGUUCAUACUAUAUAUUUUGCUUCACCAGAAUUUUUACGAUAUGAUUCAAAGAAUUGUAUAUCAAGACAACUCCAUAAAAAAUCUGAUGUAUGGGCCGCUGGUGUUAUGUUUUAUCUUUUAUUUUGUGGUGAAUUUCCUUGGAAUAAUGAAGAAUCAUAUAGAUAUUUUUGUAAUGAUCGAUAUGCAGAAGAUGUUGUUGUACUAGCGAGCGGUGGUUAUAGAAUGAUCAUUGAGCUGUUACUAAAGAAAAAUCCAGAUGAACGUUCAAGUGCUAAAGAAACUCUUAAACAAUUAAAAGCACAUCCAGUAUUCGGAAAGAUUGUUGAAUCACUGCAUAGAAGUUUUUGUCCUGUUGAUGAUGUAUGUCAUAUGGAGGUACCUGACGAUGUUCGAGAAGAAUUAGGCAAGUUAAUAACUAUUCUUGUUUCCUUCGAAGAAUUAUUCAGUUCUGUUGUAGCAAAACUAUCAGCUUCCGUUUGA